AUGGCCUCGAAUCUAAAAGUCAUCUUCCUGUUUCUUUGGUUGCUUCAGUGUGAAGGAGGAAAUGUCCAUGUACAGCAGAAACCUCCAAUCCAGGUUGCACUACUCAAGGAAGGAAUAUCCAUUCCCUGUAAAGUCAUCUUCCCUUACACGCAGAAAUACACCAAAUUUUUAAUCUCCUAUUACUGGAUUAAUUCACUGGGCCAGGAGACAUCCAUCUGUAACAUAUCGAAACACAUAGACAUUCCUUCUGGACAAGAGAAUAAGACUGCUACGAGAUCUUACAUCCAUAGACUUGAGCCUCUUGAAAGCACCUCUGCCACUGGCACAUACUACUGCAAGGUCAAAUGGGAUGACAUCCAGAAAAGAGGAAAUGGAGUGUUUGUCCUUGCUAGAGGUACAGGGCACACAGAUACCUCUUCUGGGUGGGAAAUGCUCAUUACCCUUACCACUGUUCUUGCUGCAUUGAGCAUCACUGCAACAGCUCUGCUCCUGUGGAAAAGAAAGGUGUUGUGCCCUAGAAGGAACCAGCUGAAUAUCCUGAAAGAGAAGGUGGAAACGCAGCUCCCUUCAGCCAGACCACCACCACCACCACCACCACCACCACCCUCCUCCGUCUAUGAUAGCCUGGAUUUGCAGCAAGUUGAUGUCUAUUCUAUCCUCAAGGACAACACAAGCAACCCCUCCCUCAGAAAGAAUCCUCCAGGGAAGACACCUAAGAAGAAAGCAACUCCAGAAGAAUCCUCUGAUACAUUGUAUGAGAAUAUCUAA